CUGAUCUGGAUUCUGGUCUGGGUUGUUAUCGCUAGUGUGUUAGACGACAUUGUUAUUUUGCGAGUACGACUUUAUUGAAAUUUAUAGUGUCACAAGAUUUAAGAUGUCUGUCCCAAGCCACAAGUAUCGUUACAAGAACACAGGACUAGACUCCCAAGAGCUUCGCAGACGAAGAGAGGAGGAAGGUGUUCAACUUCGAAAACAGAAAAGAGAGCAGCAACUCUUUAAACGAAGAAAUGUUAGCUUGCCGAAUGUAUCAGACGAAGGUGACACCAUGCAGGAGGAUGUGCUGUCGGUUAUGACAAACCCAGUGAUAACAUCUGCCAUGGUCCAAGCCUUAUACAGCUCUAACGUGGACGAGCAGCUGGACGCCACACAGAAGUUCCGCAAGCUGCUGUCGCGCGAACCUAACCCUCCCAUCGACGAAGUUAUCCAGACUGGCAUUGUGCCACGCUUUGUUGAGUUCUUGCAGAAUAACAGGAACUGCACACUGCAGUUUGAGGCGGCAUGGGCACUGACCAACAUAGCGUCAGGUACCAGCUCCCAAACUCGCAUAGUCAUAGAGGCCGGUGCCGUGGCAGUGUUCGUGCAGCUACUGAACUCCAACUACGAGGACGUGCAAGAGCAGGCUGUCUGGGCUCUCGGCAACAUUGCCGGAGACAGUCCUGAGUGCCGGGACCACGUUCUGGACUCUGGCAUUCUCGUACCUCUACUACAAUUAUUGAGUAAGGGUCCACGACUGACCAUGAUCCGCAACGCAGUCUGGGCCCUGUCGAACCUGUGUCGAGGAAAGACCCCACCUCCCAACUUCGCCAGUGUGUCACCCUCUCUGCCUGUGCUGUCGCGACUGUUGUUCCACACGGACGCCGACGUGUUGGCCGAUGCCUGCUGGGCCCUGAGCUACCUCAGCGACGGGCCAAACGACAAAAUACAGGCCGUCAUCGAUGCCGGCGUCUGCAGGAGACUGGUCGAACUGCUCAUGCACAACCAACACAAUGUGGUGUCAGCAGCAUUGCGAGCCGUGGGUAACAUCGUGACGGGAGAUGAUGUUCAGACACAGGUGAUACUCAACUGCUCGGUUCUGCCGUGUUUGCUAGAGCUGCUCGGCUCACCAAAGGACAGCAUCCGCAAAGAGGCUUGCUGGACGAUAUCCAACAUCACUGCUGGCAACAGGCAGCAGAUACAGGCAGUGAUCGACGCCAACAUUUUCCCCGUGCUGUUGGAGAUCUUGGGGUCGUCAGAGUUCAAGACUCGCAAAGAGGCAGCCUGGGCUGUGACCAACUCUACGUCAGGCGGCACCGCAGAGCAGAUCCGCUACCUGGUCCAUCAGGGCUGUAUUCCACCACUGUGUGACUUGCUGACUGUGAUGGACGCAAAGAUCAUCCAGGUAGCUCUCAACGGACUAGAGAACAUUCUCAGGCUGGGCGAGCAGGAUGUCAAGGCUCUGAACACCGUCAACCCCUUCGCUGUUCUCAUCGAAGAAUGCUAUGGAUUGGACAAGAUCGAGUUCCUGCAGUCUCACGAGAACAUGGACAUCUAUCAGAAGGCGUUUGACCUCAUUGAACAAUAUUUUGGUAGUGAAGACGAGGAUGCGAGAGUUGCGCCUUCGCAGCAGCCCGAGCAGUUCCAGUUCACUACUGACCAGAGUGUGCCCAUGGGUGGUUUUAACUUCUAGACACUGCUAUAUUGGUGGCGCUCAGCUGGAUGGUCAAUUCAGUUACCGAAGUCGCUCAGUAGCCGACUGUCCAAAGAUAAACACAUGGUUAAACCUUGUUAAUGUUUCACACGUGUAUAAUACAGAUAUUUUGUGUAUUUGUGUCAGUAUUUGCAGCCCAGCCCUACGGAAGAGGCUUACGCUCCGCUGGGGCUGGAAUUAUUAUUGAUCAUUGUAAUAAUAAAUCUGUGUAUCUAUUAUAAAUUUUUAUGACGACCAAGAAGGUAUGUAAUGUGUAAUCUACGCCGUCUGUGUGUUUUAUAUCUGGACAGUUGGCUAGCAUUUUGGAGAUAUUGAAAAGUGUUUUCUUAGUUUUCAAUUUUCAUCUGGUUAAGAAUAGAAUAGUUAUUUUUUUUCUAAUUUUGUUAAUGCCACAUUUUCUUUCCGGUUGAGGAAAUUCAAUCCGGAGAAAAUGUGUUAUGAAAUGAAGAAAUUAUUUAUGUAUAUUCUCCAGUAACUGUACUUCCACUUACGACUUAACGUACUAAAAGUGACAACUUCAUACACCAUUACUUUUAGUAUACUUCAGGGUUUGUAGGUAAAAUUAUUACAAAUAACAGUCCGGCCUUUUGAAUAAUUAAUUGUGCUCAAUUUGUACUAAUGAUAAUCUUAAUGUUUUCUACCCAAAAGAAAUGUAACGUUAUUGAUUGCAAAGAUUACUUAUCGACAACGUAAUGUUUUCACCACUGUGAUGAGUUUUUUAAGGUUGAAAAAAUACUAUCAUAAUUAGUUGUUAAUGUAGUAGGUAAGUUUUAAUAUUUAUACGAAACGACGGUUGGAUUUCGCCGUAGUCUUGGAAUAUUUGAUAAUAGACUACGAGCUUGUAAUCAUUUUAUCUGCAGCCUGACCAAAUGUGUCCCUCGCGAGUGUAUGUGUACACUUUACAAUGUGACUUUACAACGUGACUGUACUACAGUACAAUAUAUACAUUUACUGAAGAGUUAGGACAAACUGUUUCGUUUGGCAAAAGUUUGGUUUUUUUUAGGCUGUGUCGAGUUACCUGUAGAUUUCUUUAUUAGAUUAUAUAUUACCUAAGACUAUUGAUUUGGUACCUCCUCUGUGCAAGUUUUACUAAAGCAGUAUACGCUUAGAUAAUCAGAGCCUUUAUUAAUUUUAUGAAAAUUAUGGCUAAAUCCGAUGGAGUUGUUAUAAAUUAAAUUUAUAAAUAUGAACACUAGGGUACUACUUAACACAGUUGACGAGUUUAUUGAUUACAAGAGUUUUAUGAAUACAAGGGAAUGUUAACUUAGUAUUUCACUAAUGUAAUGGAACUACCUCAUAUUUUGUAAAGAUUGAUCAGUGAACAUAUUUUUAAAAAUCUUCCUAUUAGAGUAAUUACUUUGUACAUAACGUAAAAAAUAUUUUGCACGCCUCUUUAGGGGAAAUUAUUAUAUGGUGAGUUAAAAACCCCUGAAAUUAUUAUAGUUUGUAUUAAAUAGAAAAUCUUCAGUGCUCAGUGGUAUCUCAGUCUUUAAUAUGUUUAUUUAUUAAGUACGUGUGUUUUGGUAUUAUUUUUUUGAUACUGAUUGAAUGUGUAAAAUCUUCAAUUAAUUAUUCCUUUGAGUGCCCUUGGUGGUAAAUAUUCUGCAUCAGCUGACAGCUAUUUUCAACUUGUUUGUUAUAUUUGAGAGAUAUUCAAUGUUUUGAACAACUAACUUGUACACCCAUUAUUUUAUUUAAUGUAUAGCAAAUAUAGUUGUUUGGAAACAUCUAUACCAUCGUUGUAGUUUUUUGUUGUUGAAUAUUUUUUGUGUACCGGUUUAUAUUGUUAUGGCACUGGCUUUACUUAACAUUUACUGAACGAGAGUGAUCAAAAUCCUUUGUAUGAAAAAUACAUAGAAUGGAAGUGUAUAUCCCUUCUAGUUUAGUUGAAUACUAAUUGUUCCUUGGGAAAGGUUAUUAAUUAAUGAUCCAGUUGUGAUUUAUUAUAUUACUUUGUUAAUAAUGUGGUAAGUUAAAAGAAGAAAACAGUUUUCUGAUCGGAAAAAUCAAUUAAAGCACCAAUCCUAUUUAAAA